AUGACUGUCACCAUCACUGUCGUUUUCCCCAACGACCCGGACGCCGAGUAUGAUAUCAACUACUAUACCACCAAGCAUAUGCCAUUGAUCCAAGAGCGAUGGAGAAAGUACGGCGUGACGUCCUGGUCAGUAACGAAAUUCCAACCUGGCGCUGACGGUACUCCGCCAUUGUACGCCUUUGGAUCAACCGUUACUUGGGACAGCUUCCAGCAGAUCAAGGCUGCUUUCGCUGGGCCCGAAGCUGGUGGGAUUAUGGGAGACGUUCCCAACUUCUCCAACAAGCAGCCCAUCUUCCUCACAGGCGAGGUACUUGCAUGA